GGAAUGGGCAGCGCUGACGAGGUGGCGAGGACGGGGCUGCCUGCGGCCAUGGGUGUGCAGGACCGGCCCCAAUGCUUCUUCGAGAUCGAAAUCAACCGCGAACCAGUUGGUAGAAUUAUGUUUCAACUCUUCUCUGAUAUAUGUCCAAAGACUUGUAAAAACUUCCUUUGCUUGUGCUCAGGUGAAAAAGGAAUUGGCAAAACAACUGGAAAGAAGCUCUGUUACAAAGGCACCACAUUCCACCGUGUGGUUAAAAACUUCAUGAUUCAGGGUGGGGACUUCAGCGAAGGUAAUGGAAAAGGAGGUGAAUCUAUUUAUGGUGGCUAUUUUAAAGAUGAAAACUUUAUUCUCAAACAUGACAGAGCGUUCCUUUUGUCAAUGGCAAACCGAGGGAAACAUACCAAUGGUUCCCAAUUUUUCAUAACAACAAAACCUGCUCCUCAUCUCGAUGGUGUUCACGUUGUCUUUGGACUGGUUAUUUCUGGGUUUGAAGUAAUAGAACAAAUAGAAAAUCUGAAAACUGAUACAGCAAGUAGACCCUAUGCAGACGUGCGAGUUAUUGACUGUGGGGUGCUCGUUACCAAAUCAGCCAAAGAUGCUUUGGAGAAGAAGAGGAAAGUAUGUUCUGAGUCAGAGGCUUCAGACUCCUCCUCCAGUGCAUCAAGCUCUUCAGAAACUUCAUCUGAAAGUGAAGAUGAAAAUGAAAGAAGCAGAAGGAGAAAACGUAAAAGAAGAGCUAAAGCCAAACAGUCAAAAAAACGGAGAAAGGAAGAGAGGAAGAAAGAGGAUCCAAGGUGCAAGCGAACCUCAAGCCAAAGACGCAGCCUUUCUGACAAGAGCGAUGUAACAGAAAAAGCAGCUGAUGUUAGUGCAAAGAGGGACAAGCCUGUGGUACGUCCUGAAGAAAUUCCCCCAGUGCCUGAAAACAGAUUUUUGCUAAGAAGAGAUGUGCCUGUUGUCAAUGUGGAACCUGAACCGAAACUUCUUGAUGCUGCACCAGUUCUCAGUGACCAGAAACCCUCAGUCUCUAAAUCUGGACGAAAAAUUAAAGGAAGAGGCACAAUUCGCUAUCACACCCCACCUCGGUCACGGUCCUGCUCUGAAUCCGAUGAUGAUGAGAGCAGCGAGACUCCUCCUCACUGGAAAGAGGAGAUGCAGAGACUACGAACAUACAGACCUCCAAGUGGAGAGAAGUGGAGCAAAGGAGAUAAGUUGAGUGACCCGUGUACAAGCCGAUGGGAUGAAAGAAGUGCAUCCCGGAGAUCAAGGUCUUGGUCACAUAAUGGCUACUCUGAUCUUAGUACUGUGAGAUAUUCUAGCCAUCACAAAAAGCAUAGAAAAGAGAAAAAGAAGGUGAAACACAAAAAGAAAUCAAAAAAGCAGAAGCAUUUCAAAAAGCACAAACAAACAAAAAAGAAGAAAACAUCAGCCUCAUCAGAUGUGGAAUCCUCUCGUUCCUUCCACAGGAGGACAAAGUCAUCUUGUGAUCGUGAGAGGAAGUCUCGUUCUUCUUCUUCAUCUUCUAGACAUUCAUCCAAAAGAGACUGGUCUAAAUCUGAUAAAGAUGACCAGAGCUCAUCAACUGUAUCAAGCAGAGGGACUAGGUCAUACUACAGGUCCAGGUCCAGAUCUAGAUCCAAAUCAAGAUCUUACUCCCGAAGAAGUUCAAGGUCAAGAUCACCUUCUAAAUCCUCACGUUCUCGAAGUAGGUCAAGGUCAAGUUCUAACUCCAGGCAUCAAAAGACAGUUUCCAAUUCUCCACGGAAUAUUUCCACACGACUAAGUGAAAAUAAGCUGAACAAGACUGUCGAGCCUGUAAGAGCAGUUGUCCUUCCCAGUGAUAAAGUGGUUGUACCACCCGUUGUCCCAGAAAGCCUCCCUGUUAUACCUUUGAGCGAUAGUCCACCGCCUUCGAGGUGGAAACCUGGGCAGAAACCAUGGAAGCCUUCUUAUGAGCGAAUUCAGGAAAUGAAAGCUAAAACAACCCACUUAAUACCCACACAAACUAGCUACAAUUUAGUAGUGGUUAAAGAGGCUAACACUUCUUCCUCCUGUCGUAAGCGACAGAGGAGUUCAGAUAGCGAUCGAAGCAGCUACUCCAAGUACCAUAGUGACAGGAGCUCAGAUAGUUGUCCAAGGUCAAGAAGCAGAUCCUCUCGAAGUAGGUCGUACUCGAGAUCUUACACAAGGUCUAGGAGUCCAUCUAGCUCUAGGACAAAAUCUCAUUCUUCUGGCAGAUCAGCAUCACUGAGUAAAUACCGCAGUGACAGGUCAGGCUCCAGUGACUCAACAUCUUACUGUUCCCUUAGUGAUGACGAUAGGCGCAGGAGCAAAAGAAAAUCCACAUCGAGUGAUCAGAAAGCUCGGCCUCUUAAAGGGAGACAAGAAACCAGCUCUGAAAGUACUCUGCCUUACAAGUCUACAAAAGACUAUGAUGAAUCUUCUCAAGGAUUGAAAGAGAGUGACAGUUUAUCAUCUUCAAACUUCUCUACUGACAGUGAGCGUUCUGCCAAAGCGAAAGUGCUGCAAGAAAAAGAAGGCUGCUUGCAAUUUGAAGGAGAUGUUCAGAAGCAGGAUAAAAAUAGCUCAAGUUCCGAGCGAAGGGAGGAGAAGUCCAGGCACGAGCGGGAUUCUGAUCACGCUAAAAAGAAGUCUGCCAAGGAGAAGUCUUCUGAGCAGCCUAGGAGUGGUGCAGCCACAAAACAAAAAUCCUAUGCAGGCAGUAAAUGGGACUCCGAAUCAAAUUCUGAAAGAGGAGAGGGGAGGUGUAACAGGGAAGAUUCCAGACCCUCCUCUAGUAAAGAAGAAGGAGAGGCUUCAUCAGGGUCUGAUACAGAACAUAGUGUGGAUAAAAAGGUCAAAAAACAAUCAAAUUCUUCAGAAGGCUUUCUGGAUUCUGACUGUACACUGAAGACAAGCAAGCAGUUAUCAUCAUCUGAAUCUGAGAGCUCUUGUUCUAGCUUAACAAACACUAGAGGGAAGCCAAAGAAACACAAACGUGGAUCAAAAAAACUACUUAAAAAAGCACAUUCCAAGAAGGCAAAAGAAAAAUCGAAAGGGAAAAAGGAGAAGAAACACAAAGUUCAGAAAAGAAAAGAAACGUUUCAUUGGCAGCCUCCUCUGGAGUUUGGUGAAGAAGAUGAUGAUGACGACAUCGACGAAAAGCCGGUUACCAAGGAGGAUAAAAAAGAAAAGCCGCUUAGCAGGGACAUAAAGGAUAAAACAGAAGCUUAUGAAAAGGAUGAAAUAGUCAAAGAUAAAAUGGGAAAUGGUGAGAAGUCUUGUCUGGAUGAAAACCUUUUAGGUAAAAGCACUACGUGUGAUGCCUUGCCAGAUCUCAGUAACCUUAAUAAAGACAGUGCUGAGACAAACUCUUCAGCCAGCAUUUUAAACUCAGGAAUAAACGUGGCCGCUUGCAAGUGCGAGAUGAAACAAGCAGAAGAAAGCAAUGAGAACGGCUUGGAAGAUGUCAUUCAAACAGAUGACAACAUGGAGAUUUGUACUCCAGACCGUAACUCACCAGGGAAAGCUGACGUGGACACUUUGUCUCCUGUCAUUCUCACUGCUAAACCUCAGGAUUUAAGUGCUGCUAUAAGCAAAGAGCUACAAGUUGAGCGCCCUGAACAAGAUGCUGUCAAACUAGGAAGCAAUAGUAUGGAAAUUAUUAACACGACAGAAGAGAAAGAAACAGGAAAACAAGAAAAUAACCUUGUCCCUGUGUCUAGUGCUAAAGACUGUAGUUUAAAAACUGAAAUUACUGAUAAUACACAAAGCAAUAUGAUAGAUAACAAGUGGAAGCCUUUGCAAGGCGUUGGUAACUUACAACCAGCAGCAACUAGUACUGCUGCAGAAGUUAAGGUCGUAACUUCAACUCCAGAGUCUAAACCAGCAGGUUUAAGAAUUGAAAUAAAAGCUAAAAAUAAAGUCAGGCCUGGCUCUCUCUUUGAUGAAGUCAGAAAAACAGCACGGCUAAAUAGAAGGCCAAGGAACCAAGAGAGCUCCAGCGAGGAGGAAUCUCCGAGUCGAGAUGACAAGAGCCCAUCCAGGAGCCUCAGUAGGUCACGAAGUAAAUCUGAGUCUAAAUCCAGACACAGAACAAGGUCCAUAUCUUACAGUCACUCAAGAAGUCGAUCUCGAAGUUCUACAUAUUCAUAUAGGUCAAGAAGCUACUCAAGAAGCCGAAGCAGAGGAUGGUACAGUAGAGAUCGGUCAAGAAGUCGAAGUAGCUCUUACCACAGUUACAAGAGUCGUAGUCGAACCUAUAGCAGAAGUAGAUCCCGAAGUAGUUCUUACUGUCAUCACAGCCGAUCCAGUAGGUCUUACACAUAUGAUAGUUACUACAGCAGGAGCCGAAGCAGAAGUAAAAGGAGUGACAGCUACCGAAGAUGUAGAAGCUAUGACAGGAGAUCCAGAUCUUCUGACUCCGACAGCGAAAGCGAUCGCAGUUACUCCAACAAUCGAAGUCCCAGUGAAAGCAGCAGAUACAGCUGAAAACGUUUCUUUGAUGUUGGAAACUAUUUAGUAAAACUUCUUUUUUCAAUGUUAUGUUAACAAAAAACCUGUUUUGACAGUGUCACAAGUGAAGUUGGAGGGCGUUUACUGAGCUGAAGCUACCAUUUAACAGCAAACUUGCUUGGCUCUGUACUUGGAAGUACUGAGUGCAGCUCAGCUGAUUUAUUUUCUAAUUCUUUUUUUUAAUGCCAAAUGCUACUUUUACAAAAUAAAGACAGAAAAAAAGGAGAAAAAAAAAAAAAAAAACCCUGCAACCAAACCCAGUUUUAUUUCCUCGAAUUGGAUUUUCCAAGCCAUGGAAGACACUUAGGUGAAUUUGCUGCCUCCACUUUUCCGGGUGCGGCAAGCUGUACUGUCUUCAAAAUGUGUUUCUAAACACCCGAGGGCUUUCUGCCUCUUACUACUCAGUAUAUACUAGCAACUGUGAAUAAACCUAGCAAAGGCUGCCAGUUCUAGUUUUAUUCAAAAUGCCUUUUUUUUGGUUUGUUUUUAAAUGCUGGAAGACAGGUUCCACGCCGUCUCCUUGGCUGGUUUUUGCGUUGCGUACAGUACGCGCGCGGCGGCUAGGUGGUGGAAAACAAAGACUGCCACUCUGUCUUAAUCCUCACUGUAUCGUGAGACUCCAGGAUUCUGCUGAGAAAGGUGAAGCUCUGCUUAAUGGGAACUCUCAAACUGACAAGCAGUGAGUAAUAAUACAAUAAAUAUAGUGGCAAAAGGGUUCUGAUCCUUCAGCUUGCCUGAAGUUUGACGUUUCGGGGUGAAUUCUGUGAUAAACAGCAAUGGUAAGAGUCUAAAAACAAAAAAGUCUUUCUUGCACUUUCUGAGUUCCAUUUUGCUUCAUCUUACAGCACGUGGCAAACUUCAGCACGUUUUUAAAUGGAAAGUUGUCAGCUUGAGUAUGUUCAAAACCCUUUCUGAAAGGUUUGGGUGGCGAUGGUGUUACAAGAAAACAAACCAUAAUGGUUCCUUGAUAAAGAGACCUGCAGAUGUCUCCCAUUUGCCACGAGGGUUAUGUUGGUGCUGCAGCCACUGAACCUUCUGUUGUUAAAGUGAUAUGGCUACAGAAAUGCUGAUAUGCCUGUUAAAAAGCAUGGACAAUACUGUCAAGUUCAAUACCAAAAAUGACUCCAUGAUACAGGUUUGCAAAAAAACCAAACAGACAAAUGAAGCUGCAGAGCAUUAAGAAAUUUUCUUUGCAAUAUUCUGAGUUGAUUUAAAACAAUUUGUAAACUUUUUCAGUGUUUAGAAAGUUGUGUACUGAGCAACAGGGUUUUUUAAUGGUAUACUGUAACCUGAGAAGUGGGGUCUGUAGUGAAAGAACAGACUAAUGUAGCUUUAUUAGAGCUAAUUACUCUUGUAUUUUGACAGUUUUCCUUACUGACUUCCAAUAAUAUCUGGAGAUGUUUUCAUUUUCUCAAAUGUUUUCACAUGUUGAAAAUGGUUUAUUGGGUUUGUUGUUUGGUUGGUUGUUUUUCCACUUCAAGACCCAACAGCUUCAAAAAUUAAAAGCAGUAAUUUUCUUGCUUAGACAUCAGUUUGUAGUGUCUUUUUGAGUGACUUCAGCUAGCCCAAAUUUAACUUCUGAAACACAAAUUCAAAGUGAAGUUUGAAGGAUAAUGCCCUCCAUUUCUGUCCAGGAUUGGCUGAGUAAGAUGUUCCUCUGCAGGUUCCUGAAACUUGAUGUUUGUCACAACUUCAGGACUUCAAAACCCUUCCUACUCAUGUGGCCCAAUGAGAAAAUGCUUGCACAUAGAAUCAUAGAAUCAACUUUAGAACCAAUAUCUUCUAAACUUUUAUGCUUUGUAAGUCCUGUUCAACAUCUUCAUCAGUGACAUUGAUGAGGGCACAGAGUGUCUGCUCAGCUGGUGACACCAAGCAGGGAGGCUUGGCUGAUACAGCCAAAGGCUGUGUAGCCAUCCGGCAAGACCUGGACAAGACUGAGAGCUGGGCACAGGAACCAGAUGAAGUUCAACAGGGACAAGUGCAGAGUCCUGCACCUGGGGAGGAAUAAUAAACACUCCACCAGUACAGGCUGGGAGGUGAUCUGCUGGAUGAUCUCCUUGGGUCCCUUCCAACCCCGAAUAUCCUGUGAUUUAUUACUCAGUCUACCUUUGCAAACAGACACCUUUAUGACAGUAGCAGCCAUUUCAGCAUCCUGAGCAGAAAUUUCUCUGCUCACUGAAGGGUUAGGUUUGGUGCAGUUUCAUAGUUUAGGUACAAAUGUAACAUUUUUUCCCCCUUAGUAAAUAGAAUUAGUGGUGGAACAGAAGUAUAUAAAUGUAAACGUUGCCAUUCAAUAGUUACAAGGAAAAAAGUUGCUCCAGGAUCAGACUUUGUCAUAUUUCAGGUCUGAGUUGUUAUUUUUCAGGCUGGAAUGAGGCAACAGAAAAAUGGCCAAUCAAUUAACAGUUAACUGGUCAGAAUCACCAAAUGUCACUGGUUUAUAUCUGAAAAGCUUUAUAAGGAAAUUGCAUCUGGCAGACACCUGGGAAGGGCUGUGAGGAAAGGGUGAAAGGGGAGAGUAUUUUUACCUAGUGAAUUCUAUUCGGUUGUCUCAGAUAGAAAUUGUACCCCUGAGCUGCUUUUCUACUGCUGGUCUAUGUUUUUGCAACUUUGUUAUUCAAAAGUAGUUGCUGUUUGUAAAAUAAACUUUUGUACCUAUCUGCA